CAGUGCUGUCUGGUUGUUAUAGUGAUAAACUGAGGCCCUGCCUCUGGGCUUCUCUGAGAAAGGGGUGGUGUGUGUGUGUGUGUGUGUGUGUGUGUGUGUGUGUGUGUGUGCGCGCGCGCGCGCGCUGAGGGGGGGGGUAACCUUUUUACUUCCCCCCAGGGAAGACAAAAAGAAGGGAAGAAGAAGGGGGAUGGGUAGGGAAGAGAAAAAUACGUGACAAAGAAAACAUUCUCUGCCUGGGAGGAGACUCCCAGAGGGUGUAGAGCCGGAGGGAGCAUUCACUGGCCAUGCCAGUACUUACCACUGAUGCUGAGUCAGAAACAGGUAUCCCAAAAUCCCUUUCCAAUGAGCCUCCCUCAGAAACCAUGGAGGAAAUAGAGCACACAUGCCCACAGCCUCGACUGGCACAGGAUGGUGGUAUCCUAUGGAAGGAUAGGAAUAUGUGUGCAGCUAGUGUGUUGGGAGACCAGAAAGAGAUGAUCGCUCCAAGCAUCUCAUCUAGCAUCUUGCAUAUGACCCUGACUGCACCUGCCCCAUUUGCAGAUGAAUCCAGCUGCCAGUGCCAAGCACCUCACGAAAAAUUAACCAUUGCCCAGGCCCGCUUAGGAACACCAGUUGACAGGCCUGUUAGAGUGUAUGCAGAUGGAAUAUUUGACCUCUUCCACUCAGGUCAUGCAAGGGCACUUAUGCAAGCAAAAACAUUGUUUCCCAACAGCUACUUGUUGGUAGGAGUUUGCAGCGAUGACCUUACUCACAAAUUCAAAGGUUUUACUGUGAUGAAUGAGGCAGAGAGAUAUGAAGCUCUCAGACACUGCCGCUAUGUGGACGAAGUCAUCAGAGAUGCCCCAUGGACUCUCACACCAGAGUUCCUGGAAAAACACAAGAUUGACUUUGUGGCUCAUGAUGACAUUCCAUAUUCCUCUGCUGGUUCUGAUGAUGUUUAUAAGCAUAUAAAGGAAGCAGGCAUGUUUGUACCAACGCAAAGAACAGAAGGCAUCUCAACAUCAGACAUCAUCACCAGAAUUGUCCGUGACUACGAUGUGUAUGCCCGGCGCAAUCUUCAGAGAGGAUACACAGCCAAGGAACUCAACGUCAGCUUUAUAAAUGAGAAGAAGUAUCGUUUCCAGAACCAGGUGGACAAGAUGAAAGAAAAGGUCAAGAAUGUGGAGGAAAGAUCAAAGGAAUUUGUUAAUAGAGUAGAAGAAAAGAGUCAUGACCUAAUUCAAAAGUGGGAAGAAAAAUCAAGAGAAUUCAUUGGCAACUUCCUGGAAUUGUUUGGGCCAGAUGGUGCAUGGAAGCAGAUGUUCCAGGAGAGGAGCAGCCGGAUGCUGCAGGCCUUAUCUCCGAAGCAGAGUCCCGUGAGCAGCCCAACCCGGAGUCGCUCCCCUUCCCGCUCGCCUUCUCCCACCUUCUCAUGGCUCCCAAACAAGACCUCUCCCCCCUCCUCACCCAAAGCAGCCUCAGCCUCCAUCAGCAGCAUGAGUGAGGGGGAUGAGGAUGAGAAGUAAAGGUGCCUGGCCAACAAGAGCCACACCACACAGGAUGGGAGGGGGUCCCGGGAUGGCUGGGUGGUGUGGAGAGCCGCAGCUCAGCGGGGAGAUGGGUGUUCUGCCGUGGGAAGGUACUGGGCUCAGCUCCUCUUCCUUCUCCAUACCGCCUGUCCGGGGCUCAGCAUGGAGGUUCCCAACCUGAAAACCCGUACAAACCUUCUUAGCAUCAUAGAAUCGCCCCCACUUUAGCCCUGCUAUGAAAAGGUGCAGAGCACUCCAUGAAGAGGGGUGGCUUCUGCUUUGGUCCACACAUCCAUCCGUAUCAAAUAAGCCACCUUCAGAAGUGGCCGCUGCCUCUCCCUGCUAUCUCCAGCCCUCUAAGAGCCUUGCACGUUGUCUCCUAUCUCCCAAGCUCUCCCAGAAUGAAUUCCCUUCCACCUGACGUGGCUAAGUGCUUCCAAAACGGGCAAGUAAAAGACAUUCCAGCCUUCUCAGUUCAGCCACUGAGGCCCGCGGAUGCAAUUGUCAACUCUUUCCUGUUCCAGGACAAUGACUCAGACCCAGCUUUGCUUUGGCCAGAUCGAAAAGUGUGAACCUUAACUUCUCAUCCAAGGGACAGUUGUGUCAAGGUGAACUCCACCUAAGGCCUGACAUGCUUCUGGCUGUACUUUUCAUCACUGGCAUGAUGACACUGUUUUCCAGAAAUUACCCGAAUCGAUGGGAAUCUCAACAAGGAAACCUGUCUUGUCUAAAAAGAAAUAACCAAGCCAACCAGGAGAUGCUUUGCUUUGGCUCCAUGUGUGGAGGAUAAAAAUAUCUCUUGGAGCUUCUUAAAGGAAUGCGUCUUUCCAUUUCUGGCCACUUCACAGUUCCUAGUCCUCAAGUAACAGUUUGAUGUAACAAACACUUAGUAUACCGAUAGGGGUGCUACCUGCACGGAUCUGCUCUAUGUAUCCUUCAAAUAUGCCACCCCAGGGCGUAUACCAUAUGCAAUAUGAAUAUAUGGUGGUGGUGUUUGACUAUAUACUCCUCUCCUGCUCUCCCCCCCAUAGAUACCCUGCUGAGAUGCUUGAUCGAAAGAACCAUCUGGUUCCCUCAUGACUUGGGCACUUUGUCAAAAGCUCAAUCAAAUGUUAGAUUCCUGUAGAAAUGUUUUGUCCCAGAAAAUUCCUGUUGCUCUUCACCUGUGACAUUUUGGGUAAAGGAAAGCUCUGAAGAGUCUUGCAAAGAAUGGAAGGCUCCAUCUUUUGCAUGAUCUGAGAUAGUGAAGUGAUUUCUGGUCCUAGCUUCUCUGAAUGGGAUGGAGCCUCUCAGAUUACUGUAGAACUGUUUGGGGCUACUGUUCCCUAAUCAUGUGCAGGGAAUGAGCAGGUCCAGUUAAGGUUCAGAGCCAAUCUCUCAAGUACAAAUAGAAGUCCCUGAUUCUCCUGGCAAAGUCACACAGCACUGAGGCUUGACAGAAUGAAGGCCGUAAUCUGUAACUUGUGGGCAAAGCCUGUCAGCUCCGGUGGCAGGAGCAUCCCUUUGUUCAGAUGCCUUGGGGACAAGCCUGCUGGGCGGCAAUCAGUGGAGAAAGAACCCUGCCUUCCCCCUUUGUGUUGAGGUUGAACUACCUCCGCGCUCACCUGACCAUCAGUGGUGACGGUUGCAAAACAAACCUGUGAGGCUAAACCAGCUUGGAGCUUCCUUGUUCCGGGCACUUCUUCCAGAACUGUGACGUGCUCACGAAAGAUGGAUGGGCUUGGUGGGAACCUGGCCUGUGAGGAAGAAAGUUCUCUUCAUAGUCAAGGCCCUCUCAGAGCAUCGCUCUCUCCAGAGGCAAGGGCUUCCACUCUCCUUCCAUUGUGUCUUUGACCCCAGCCUUCCGCCAUGCACCCAGGACCAAUCGUGCAUGUAUGCCUUCUUCCAUUUCCGCCAACUGACACUUGUGGCAGUGAAAGGAGAUGACCGAGCAGAUGGGAAUAGUGAGGACAAGAGAGGAGGAGAAGAGAGGAUCCUAGAGAACGAAAAGGAAGAUAAAAGAAGAUCUGCCGUCUGAAGGCACUUCAGGUUGUAUGUGGGGGAACUCUCUUUGAUGAGGUGUUUUUAAAAAGCUCUGACUCUAUGACCCAGGGCAGAGAGAUGCACUUUUACCUAAGUUUUGCUCUGAGGCGGACAGAGUAGGGUGGAUACAUCAGGCAACUAUAAUUUUGUGGGCCCUACACACCAUCCUGAAAGGUACCAUACACAUGACUCAUCAGAGACUACCACUGUAGCCGGGGAUGAUGGGAGAUGACCCACACCAGAAUCAUUCCAGGUACAGGCCCAAAGGACUCAGAAGUGGGUUUAAACCUCCUUCUCAUUUCCAACACGACCUCCUCACCUUCCUGAAGCCGCGAGCCUUCCACAAAGAAAUGGGGGCGUCUGCUGUUUAACCUUCAGCCCUUCUUGGCCGUCUCUCAGUAUUUCCCAGCCCUUACCCUACCUUACCUCUCCCACACCCAGCAGGAGCUGGGAUUGAGUCAUUUGGUCAAUUUGCGUGACCAAAAGUGAGUUAGGGAUGUAAUGAGAGCAUAAAUGUGCUACAAGCUUGGAGAAGUAAGCAGAAAUGAAAAGGAAAAAGGGUCUUUUUCUCCAGAAAGGGAAAGAACACUUAGGGAAUGGGAAGAUGGGAAAAAAUGAGACUAAGUUGGUGAGUAUGGGAGAAUUUAUAGUUUCUGCUUUCCCCUAGGCCCCUACCAAGUGAAGGAGGAAGGCUUCCUAGUAUAUACUUCUGUGGUUAGUGGGUCCCAUGCAGCAGGUGGGGUCCUGGCCUCUCCAGCUUCUUGGGCAUAUUAACACUUCCCAUAUCCCCCCUGAAACCAAGUGCUGACUCUCUUCUGUAAACAACAGGGGUGGAGUUGUAAUGUGAUGGUCACACUGAAUGGCCCAUUUUUGUCAAGAAACUUCCCUGUCAGGAUAUCCCAGAGGCAAAGGUAAAUCAACCCUAUGACAGACGUAGCGUGGCUUCUGACCUGCUGUGGACCCAGGAGACUCAGCCACUCUACGACCUAGGCUACAAGACACUGCAGCUAGCCUGGUGGGUGGCGGCUCCAGGAAGAACACAGCCCAUUUUCCUUCCAUCUUCAGGACUCAGUUAAUACCCAGUCCUACCCCAUAGAUGAGCUUGUUUUCAGGCAUCUGCUCAGCACCAGGCCUGUCCUGACCAUCUGCUCAGAAAGGAAGGAAGAACAAAAGAAAGUAAGAGAGAAAGAAAGAAAGUGAUGAGUGAGCUCAUCAGACUUUUUUUUUUUUUUUUUUACUUCUCCUCUUCUCUGGUUUUCUGUCGUAUCACUGCAGUGUGUCUGGGGACAAAGCCAUAAGAACAGCAUAUCUACUUAAAAUUCUGCUGUACAUACAUAUAAGACGAUGACUCGUCUGGAUUCAAGAAUGACCUUAUGCCCAAGCAUUUGCUCUGGUGCUGAAUAGUGCAAACUACUGGAAUCACCCCACCCUCACCACCGAAACUCCUAAACCCUCUUCCCCUGCUCCCAAAUGAUCACAGUAUUCCUAACUUGUUUAUAAAUAAAGGGACGCAGAGUCACA